UGAAGAUUCUCAGAUGCACGAGUCAUAGCGAAGGCGACGUAGAAGCUAAGAUGUGUUUGUGGUGAUGCGAUGACAGUGAUACAAUUUGUAUACAUCUGUAUUCUGGUUUUGUUUUAUUCAUGACAGAUAUGUCAAGUAAUAGCCUCGAAAUUGUUCAUGAAGGUUGGCUAAUCAAGUCUCCACCGACAAAGCCUAUUUGGAGAGCGGUGGCGCACGCAAUUGUCAAUCAUGGUAUGACGAAGAAACAGGAUAAGGACCUCUUUGGGAGAAGGAGCGUGCAGCGUUCGUGUCGAGUGGUGUAUGUGGCGCCCAUGUACUUCCCCAGUGGUGGGCUGCCUCCUGCGGAGCAGCCUUCCAAAUACCUGCACUGUGCAACCCGCUGGCGGCGUCGGUGGUUCGUGCUACGUCACUCCGGGGAGUUGCCUGGACAGUACUUCCUGGAGUACUAUGCGGACCGCAACCGGCGCAAGCUCAAGGGCAAGAUAGACCUGGACCAGUGCGAACGGGUUGAUGCAGGUUUAUCAUUUGAAAACCGUAAGGUGAAGUACCAUUACAUGUUUGAUGUCCAAACUCCGAAGAGAACGUAUUACCUUGCAGCUGACUCAGAAGAGGACAUGAACAAAUGGGUUGAAUGUGUAUGCCAAGUUUGUGGACUUAAGGCAUACCAAGAUGAUGAUGUUGAUGUGGAGGAAGCAGCAGAUGCAGUACAGCUCCCUAUGUUGCUUGUAGCUGCCGAUGGUGGUGGUGCUGCUGCUGUUGAAUGUGUGCCAGAGAUGAGGGGCAGUGCCACAAAUAUCAGUGCUACAAAUACAAGUACGAGUGCAACGGACUCGCCACCAGUAUCACCAGUUAGCACUGUCUCGGGUCCAUACAUAGCUAUUAGUGAAUGCAUAUCAGGGCAUCCACUUACAGGGCCAGAGGAUAAUCUGGACGAGCUGCUGCAGCGUGAUACUCAUAUAUUCAUGACCCGUGCCCAUUAUGGACUUGUCAACACAGAGUAUGGUACAGCUGUCCACCAAGCUCGAAGUGUGAAGGGAAAGGAACCAGAACCAUCAUCUGUUAAACCUACUAUAGUCCUUCAGAAAGCACCUGUACCUGCAGCACGCAAGCGGCAAGUGUAUGAAGAGGCACCACCCCCAGAAGUAGUAACUGGAGAAUUUUAUGACUUACCACGAAAGCUACAUCCACCAAACUUAGAUUUGCAACAGAGCAGUGGCACUGGCUUGGGAACACCACCCCACAGUCCUAACACGGAUGGAGAGAGUGUGUUCACAGAUGAUGAUACUGUUGGACCAGGUCACGGAACUACACGCAGCCUCCCAUCUGUGAACUGGGAAACUUUUCCCAGUAGUGCAGAAGCCGAUACAAUGAGUCUGCCCAGAACAACUCGCCCAUCAGACAGUUCAACAGAGGGGGAUGUUGGUUCAUGGAGUGUUGUUCGCCGCUUUGGUCGUCUAACUGUAGUUGAUAGUGAUAUACCACCUCCUGCACCACCUCGACCACCUAAGCCAUCUCACCUUACAUCAGUAGACAACAGUGCUGGGCCGAGUUACAUGAAUUUGGACAAUAUUUCCAGUCAGAGCACAGGAUCGACAGUAGUUAACAGUGACAAGGGUUCCCAGGAGCCUCCGUCACCUGUGUCACCACCUCAUACUGAUGUCAUUGUUGUAACAGACGACAUGUAUGACUUUCCAAGGUCGCAUCAGUAUCCAGUUACAGCAGGAUUAGUGUCUGGAGGUGAAGCUGAUGGGACUGGUUCUCUCUCUCGGAUGCCUUCUCUGUCAAGGCACUGUUACAGCAAUGCUGCUCCUGUACAAGUAAAUGGAGAUGUUUUUAGGUACGAUUUCCAUGAUGAUGUAGUAAACGUGCCCCUUCAAGAUGGAACUAUAGGUGACGAGCCACCAUCUCCACAGUCAGAGGGAUCCUGCUCUGGUUCUGUAGCGUCAUCAUCGACUGCAGCUGCAUAUUCCAAUUUGCCGAGUCCGAGUCCUCUUGGACAGGUGCCAACCCCACCAGCUGUGGACAGGGGCCUGAAGCCUGGCCGCAAACUGUCUGACACACUGUCUAUUGCUUCAAAUGAGCUGUCACCUGGUGCAUAUCCUGCACCACCCAGUGUGGACAGAAAGCUGAAGCCAAAUCGCAGGUUCAAGGAUAUUGUGAUAGCCGUUCCUGAAACAGGUGUUCUCAACUUGGCUUCGCCUCCAGCAUGUCGUCCAGUGAUGGAUGGGAGUCGCAGUCUCAGGAGGACACGUGCUGCUCCCAGUCCAACUCCCCCUUCUACAACAGCACCACAACUGCUGAAUGGACAACGUCAGCGAUCAGAUUAUAACACAAGUUCUGAUGAAGAUAAUCGGAGCUCGUUUGAUGAUGAUCAGAUUUCUCGAUUGCGACAUCGGUUGCCAGAGAUACAGUACCUGGAUCUGGAUCUAGAUUCUGAUACAAGUGGUAUGCAUUCUGCUCAUUUGCCAAGAUCCCCUGAGCGACCAGUUUGCACAGGAACUGUGUACAAGACAAUUGAUUUUGUGAAAACAGAAGCACUUAAUCACACUCGGCAACAUAUGGAAGAAGAAAGAAGGAGGUGUCCUUUUGAAUUAUGACCCCUGCAUAUGCAGAGGUAGCUCUGCCAGACUUCAAAACUAGAUUUUAAAAUAUUUUACUUUUUAAAAGUGCGGCGGCUGUCAUACCAUUAGAAGUAAUCAAGAAGUUUUGUACUUUCAGUCCUUAUUUGUGUGAUAAAUACCAUUGCAGCAGUAUUUCACACAGUUUCUGUUCUGUCACAGUUUACUCAGAAACCUUAGUAAAAUAUGCAGAUAUUUAUGCAUACUACAGUGCAUGAAGCAUGUGAUAACAGAAAUCAUCAUAUCAGUAUCUGUUGCAAGAUAGUGACUGACAACUGUUUCUUAGGAAUUUGUUACUUCACGUACAUUGCAGAAUGAGUGAAAUGCCCGUGUUCUCUCAUCUAUUGCAUCACUGCUUCUUGAAAUGUAACACUCUUAAGAUGGAAAUCCAGGAAUCUUCUUUCCUGGAGCUGUGCAGAUUUGCAGAAUUUUUACCUGGGGAAUAUCUGAUGUAAUUAUGUUGCAUGUUAAGAAGUCAGAUUACUGUUUAAUAGUAAAUGAGCUGGUGUCUUUUAUUGUUUUGGAUGUAAUGAAUGCAAGGGAUGAGUAAACUUAAUAAACUAGAACAAAAGUAACUAUAUGCUGUAAUUAUGAUCUCUGAAGAUGGACAAUACCAAUGCAGUGGUUACAUAUGGUGGCUCUUUAAGUGUUUCUCAGCUUGGUGCAACUCUUAAAAAUUCAUGCCACAUUGAUUCCACACAUGUGGAAGCUGUAACAUUUAUGACUUGUGUACUAGGCUUCUUUAUAGAAGAAGCUCUUCUUGGCUUCAUAGGGUUGACUAUGUAAAUCUCAAGCCUCCCUGCCUUGAAACAAUAGAGUAACAUGACUAGAAUGAAAAUCAGUUUGUGACACUGUAUCAUGGUGCAUCUGUUUCUUUCACAAAACAUUAUUUACAAAUUAAUCCACUUGUUCUGUUGGGCAUGUUACUUUCCAUCCAAGACUCUUUGGAAAUUGAGGCAUACUGAUUUGAAAUAUUUAAGUGCUCUAGUGUUGUAUAUUAGUAAUAUCCCAAUGAGUGCGACAGACCAACAGCUAAUCAUAGUGUGCUCCAUUUUGUGUCUGUAGUAAUGUGCAUACGUGUCAAUCUUCUGUGUAGUGUCUCUGAAUGACAAUAAAGCUUGUUGUUUUAUGAUUGAAAAGCUGUUGGUCAGUCUUUCAUGUGUAUAUCACCAAAAGCCUUGUUGAGUAAACAGCUGUCAUAUCUACGCUGGUUAUUAAUGCACAAAUACUUGUGAAAUGUACCAUCUUCGCACAAUUGACUCUGUUUAACAGACUGUUGACUGUUUAAUGCCACAUUGUUACAUUAAAGAAGUAAUUAUGUCAUUAUGUAUAAAAGAGUGUAGUAUUUUGUAUAGUUUUUUCUAUCUUCUUAGAAGAGAUUUUUCAUACUGAUGGCGUCAGAGUAUAGAAAUGGCUGUCAUUAAUGUAAGUACAUUUAUGUACUAUUACUUUUGUAGUGUGCCAUGAAGUGCCAUCACUUUUUAAAAGAAUUUAUUUAUGAAUGUUUGUCACAUCAGUGCCGUGUUAAAUAUUGAUAGAGAAAUCUU